CUCAGCAAAGCCCUCCCCUACCCAAUUCUAUUGGCCUCUAACUUCAGCCUGCUGGGCUACCUACCUGAGAGCCCGGGUCUCACCCUAACCCCUGAGCCCGGGUGACCUCUCAAGUCCUCGCAGCUUCCGAGGAGCGCCGGAAUGGUACAGGAACCUUCCAGAAACUCACAAAACCAGGCUCCUCUCAGACCAGGUUCCUCCCACGCCUGUGUUUGCACAGCCUACACAGAGACUCGCACAGCUCCGGGUCCCAACCAGAUCCAAAGCUGCCCCCUCAGGAAACCUCACCCACGCAGAUGACCAGACUACUGUUGCCAUGGAGACUCCUGGGCGUUCGGGUUGCCCCGGAGCUCGAUGCCCGCUCCCCUCCCGGCCUGGGUUCCAGAGGCUUCAGUCAAGUACAUCCUUCAUCGGCCCUGGACCUCUCUUGUCCCUUCCCUUUACUACUCUUCCUCAAAUCGGGCCAGGGUCCCUUUGCGAAGGUCUGCAGAUGCCCAAGUCUCCCCAACACACAACGAGACCUCUCACUUAGCAACUACAACCUGGCUCAUCUAAAGCAAAGCCAUUCAUUCCCUCGGUCAGGAUCAAUACUUCCCCCUCCAACCCAGGUAAAGAUCCUGACCUAAGGACUUGUAACUACCAAGCCUAAGCCCAGAGUGACGUCUGUGAACCCUGGGGCUCUGCCCUGACUUGCAGACCCUCCAACUUCAACCUAAUGAAGCCUGUACCUUAUUCUGCCACUAGAUGGAAGCAAAUGAGACCACAGAAGAUCCUCAGGACACCACGGAUGCAAAGGAACGCUCUUCUUUAAAGAACCCCUCUGCUGAAGAUUUACGGGAGCCCACUAGCCUUAACAGUCCCUUGGAGCUUUCCAGCUCACAGACAUCUUCACAGCCUCCUGCCGCCGACGUCCUUUUUCUGACAUCUAUUUCACCGAACCCCGAGACUGAGGCCUCUGAGGACCUCCAGGAGCCUUCUGUCUCUGGAAGUACUUUAAAGUCCCACAGCACCAGGCUUCCUUCCGAAUCGCCCCAGGGUUCCUCUGAAAGCCUUUUAAAUUCUCCCCAGUCUGUGACCUCUCUAGAAAAAGCCAUCACCGAGAUCCCGUUGGAGGACGCUACAGAUGAGAUUCAUAUCUCUAAGGUCCGAAACAACGCUCUUCAGCUCUCACAAAAGAAGGAUGUCCCAGCGUCUUCCCGUAGGCUUUAUUCUGAUGCAGGUCCUCGGACCCAGGUCCCUGAAUCUGAGCACUCUCCAAAGUACUCCUUUGCAGGACCUUCCACCCAGGACAACGUGGACACAUCUGCAAAGUGGGAGGAAACAGAGAAAGAUGAGCUGAUAGUGGGUACUAGUGAUGACACUGCUCAUGCAGCCAAGCCUGAGCCUCAUGCGAGCAAGAAGGAGAAAAGAAUUGGUGGUAAUUGUUCCUGCCUCCCCCCUGUCCCUGUGACUCUAGCACUGUCUGUGACUUAUGGGGGGUGGGCUGGGUUACUCUUACCUAUGGCUCCUCUUAGUCUUAAGGUCCUUUCUCUGGCCCCUGGUUACUCAGCCCCUGUCUUCCCAGGUUAUACAAGCCGCCCAGCGAUCCCUGCUAAGCGGGCAGAGCUGAUGAAUGUGGCUAAGCCAGUGAACAGAGAACAAUUUGGUGCUCGGGUGAAAAAUCUUUUCCAAUGGGAAAAGGAUUCAGCCCUGAAGGCCAUCCAGACAGGUCUCUAUAUUGGCUGGCGCUGCCCCCAUUACUUAUGGGACUGUUUCCGGAUUGGAGAUGAGUCCAAAUGCUUUUGUGGACAUUUGUUGAAAGAACACCAGAUCAUCUCAGAUCUGUCGGUGCCCUGCAGUGUGAGUCAAUGUAGGUGCCUCAUGUUUUGUUUCAUCCCGUCACGCCCAGAGGAGGUAGGUGAGUUCUGGCUUAAGAGACGGGCCACCUUCGAUCCCAAAGCCUGGAGAGCCCAAUGUCGCUGUAAACAUACUCACGAAGAACACGCAGCCACCGGAGCUCACCCCUGCAGGCACCGUGGCUGUUGCUGCAGCUGUUUUGAGUCGAAUUUCCUCUGUGCGGCCUGUGACCGGCGCUGGGAGGAACACGAGACUUUCUUUGAGAAUGAAGAGACCAGGCGAAGAGGAGGGAGACCUUAUGGAGCAGACUAUGUGCCUUUUGCAGAGAUGCCUGCCCUCCGAGAUGCCAUCCUCACCAACUCUGACCUUGAGGCCCUCCAGAUGCAGGGUGUCUCUGGCCACCCCAGCUCUCACCCUAGAUCCCUUGCACCCCCUGGUCCAAGUCACCUCCAGCCUGGCCCUAAAUCUAACCCCCAUCCCUGACCCUUUCACCUCUGCUCUUCCCUCCUCCAGGGACAAACACUGUCAACAACUGGCGCAGGCCUUUUUGAGCCUGGCCAAGAUCAACAAUAAAGUGGAAGCCAAUAGAAUCGGGCCUGGCUCUCUAUGGGACAGGUAGCGUCCAGACUCAAUUUAGAGUCAGCUCUAACUAUAGGCAAGAGACAGCACCAAGCAGAGGGAAGGCUGGCUCCAACCAUCUUCCUCUGUCAUGGCCACAUCCAAGCUGCCGGCCCUGACACUAGGAGAGUAGCUUCUAGAGAGCCAAGGAAGGAGAGUUUUCAAGAAUAGAAUAGGCAGGGAUUUCAGAUGUAGCUGGGGUUCCAUAAGGCUAUGUUCCAUAACACUGCCAUUAGUAAGUCAUUGGAGGCUUUGGACGGCGUGGUUGCACAUGGGCAUGGUGGAGGUAAACACCAAAUAGCCAUGAAUUUGAAGGAGUCUCUUCAAGGAGCUUGGGUAAGAAGUGGGAGAAAGAAAUCAGACAGUACCCAGGCUGUAGAUCAAGGAAGCAACUUUUUAAGAAGGCAAGGAGGAAGAGGCCCAUAUACAAAAAGAUCCUGAAGGAUGCAGAAGGGAGGAGAGAUACUUGAUGGGACAAGAUCCCAGACAUGGAGGAAGGAGGGAAUGAGGUCAAGGCCGAGGUGAAGGUAUUUGCUCUGAUGAAGAGAAACUUCAUUUCGUAAGACAUUUCAAAGAAGGGAGUGUGAGCUGCAGGGAGUAGACCUCCCAGAAGUUCCCCUCUGGUGACAUCUAUAUCCUCUGUGAAGCAAGAAAGGGAUUAGUGGGGAGUAAGAGACUGGAAGAGACAGGUGAGUGUUGGGGAAGGCUUGUGGGGAAUCAGAGAAAAUCAUGCGAGAGCAAAGUUUAGGACUUAGUGUGGUUGAAAGUGAGAAUCCGCUUAGAGAAGCGAAGCGAGGCAAAACUAUUUAGACUAAUGGGAUGGUGUCAGGAUAGUGAGGAAAAGAAGGCAAAAGAAACAACCGGAAGAAGUGAUGCCAGGGAACGAGUGCUAUCAGAGGAAUAAGAAAUCUCUAGUGGGGCUCGGGAGCAGCUGUGCUGGCAUGGACUGCAACUCAGGAGGCAGUGGUUGGGGUCUGCAAAGCAUGCAGCGUUCAGGGAGUAGCUGCAGGUGAGGCAAGUGUUUGGAAGAAAGCGGCUGUAGUCAGAGUGAAACUGUGAAUGCCAGGGGGUGACCAAACUCCCUCGGUGAUUUUAUGGCCAUGGGACGGCCUGACACUGGCGGGCUUGUGAUGCUGGGUUCCCUCUGGGGGCCUCAGUUGCUAGAGCUCUAAGAUAGGAAUAACCUGUGUUGCCUGCACUCUAUGAAAACCCAAAGAAAUGUCCAGCUUCAAAGCUUAGUGCUUCCUAGAUUUCUACCCUCUUCUCAUCCCAGCUCCGCUGAUCUCUUGCCCUUCUCUGGAGCGUCUCACAUCUGGGGCUCAGGGGCAAGGUGACCCCACAUUUCCUGAUAUUUGGAAAGGCCAUCUGCCUUCGCAAAGGGACCCCAGGGCAAAAUCGUAUGAUCACAUAUCCACCCUGGGAAGAACUGAAAGGGCUUUCUAACAAUAUGUCUGUGUGAAAGAGAGUGUGCUAAUUCCAGGAGUUCCUCAACAUUGAUUGUAUGUGCUGUGAUAAUCAUAUAAAAACAGUUCAAUUAAUAGAAGAGUUACUGUGAUCAGGUUCACUGGGGACACAGUAUGUAGUCAUUGCACAGUAUGUAAACUAUACUAAUUUGAAAAAUAUAAGAGAAUAAUAAACAUGCCACUUAUUACAAUAUAUAAGAAAGUGGGACAGUGAAACACCAAACGUUCAGCAGUUCUUGGGCAUUUAUAUACCAGGCCUCGUGCAAAACCAAACCAGGCUCUAAAGAUGUAAGGGGAACUUACACUGUUGUGCCAGGCUAUAACUCACCAGGUGAUGAGUAUUGGGGGGAUACUGAUGUAUUUUGAGACUGAGCCUUGCUAUGUAGACCAGGCUGGCCUGGAACUCAUGAGUGAUUCUU